GGGAACGAAAUAAGUAAAUAAAGAGUAAAUACGCGUGAAAUAUAAACCCACUAUGGCGACAACUUCGAAGAAUAUUUCAAUACCUGAUCGUUCACCUGGUUUUACAAUGUCUAGUAGAUCACCACACACACCGCCACCAUCAGCCACACGUCUGAGAGGAUACCCACUUCGUAGACGCGCGUCUUCAUCAUCUCUCCGGUCAUCUGUUUCUGAAGCUAGUGUUGAAUCAUCCGAAUUGGAUUGGACGACCGGUGAGGAUGAUGAUUUACAUCGUUUAUGCGAUGAGUAUGCCAAUGAAUCAACACAUACUCCAUACGCUGGUGCAGCACCACCAAAUCAACUCGUACAUCAUCUAGCCAAAACUGCUCGUAGGGGUCGUUAUGGCGAUGAUAAUGACCGUUGGAGACAUACGCUGAGGUCAACUCGUAAACGGAUAAAUAUGAUCAUGAGGGAGGAUGCACCCCCACUUUAUGCACGUAUGGAACACGGUGGCAUCGUCAAGUCAAGAUCAACACCGAAUACUGGUUUGACAUCCCCACACCCGCUUAUCUCAUCUCAAAGGCUCGUAUACACUCUCGAUGAUGAGAAAACACCAAGGAAGAUAUUAGCGAAUAUAACAGCAGGUGCUUACUACUCACCUGAUAAAUCAGGAUUGAGGCAGGCUUUGGGUAGUAUCACCAUAGCUGCUCCUAUGAAAUCUGAACAACCAAUCCGUCGUUCAGCCAGACAUGCAGCCAUAUCGCUGUCUGAUACCAUAGAUGAAGAGGCCAAUGACGGUGCAAGCACACCCAAAGUAAAGCACACGAGGCGUCAGUCGUCAUCACCGGUUAAGCGAUUAGCUACGGAGAUAAAUAUAGACGACGGCCUCCGUCUUGGGUUACGACCACGUAAACGACAAAAUAGCGUGGCAUAUUAGCAACAAAACAUGCUCAUAUGUUUUUUUGGAUUAGUUUUUUAUUUUUCUUAGGAUGCACACUUUAGGAUUAUUAGAUUAGAACGAACGAUCUUGUAAAAAUUUCACCCAUCUUGUUAUACUAAUUAUACAUAUAUCAUUACAACA